AUGAGAGAACAGGAACCCCACCCUGCGCGCAACGACAACGCUAAGAUACUGCGAGAGAUUCAAGAGAUUGAAGAUGCUAUGUCAACCAUCGAUCGCAUUGACAAGCCCGUAUACCAGAACCUCUUGACGACGCUGUACCAGCAGCUGUUGGAUGAGAACCUAACCGACCAGCACCAAGGGCCGCCUGACUCGGAUGAGGACAUGUCAGACUCGGAUGAGGAUAUGUCAGACCCGGAUGAGGACCCAACCGACCAGCACCAAGGAACGUCUCACUCUGACCUAGAACCGCCUCGCAUAGAUCCACUACACCAAGAGCUCUCGCCAGACGAAGUAAUCGCAUUGAUAUCCGCCUCAUUCCCUGAUCUCUCCCCAGCAUCGCCAGACAUUGCAGAGCUACUGAGAUCGAUCAAGGAGCACAUGCAAACUGCGCCACCGCUAUAUAUUCCUGAGAUCGUGGAGUCGCCGUCCACAUGGCCAUCUACAAAUGUCGUCGUCGACGCCCUGUGGGCAGAGGUAACACGGGAUGAGUGCAGAGUACCAUUACCGUCGACCCCUACCACGGGGUUAGAUAUGCGCCCGGACUACCUUGUCAAACCCUUUGGAUCACCGGAGGACCCGCUGAUGGUUAUAAGCUCGUACCCGACUUCUGAUCCCACGAGCUCCCUCCACAUGUCCUACAGUACCGUCAAUGAUAUGUCGAACCAGUCAAUCGCUGUGCUUUUGAUUAAGCUCGGUUACAAUGUCGCUAACGUUCGCACUACCGGUGUCUUUAUGGUCGACUUCUUCCCUCGACGCCUUGACCGGAAGCGGUUAACCGGUAACUCCGAAAAACCUCUUGACAGCGUACCUAGCCAGCUUCGCCACUACUGGCAGACUCAUGCGUUUAUCUGUCUCGACAAGUCUACCGCUCGAGUCCUCUUGGUAGUAGGAGGGAUAGCGUUCCGGGACUACUGCCAGUACUUGAAAGAGCGAGGCAGGACAGCAAAGGUUCUAUAUUUGUCAGGCACCGAACGCUACAAAGGAGAACUCCCGGGUGCAAUGCUAGAGUACUACGACACCAGCCCAACCACAGUUCGUCGCAUUGCUAUCAUCACGUUCCACCCCGAGGGGUUCAAACGAGAAAAGAGUCAUACAAAGUCAAGCCGAGACGAAGACAUAGCGAUCCGCGAACAGCUGAUCGACUACGCCCUCACUAUUGUAUACGGGCAGCCUAACGUCCAAGGCUUCCUGUCCACAUCCGCAUACCAUUUUAACCUCCGUUCGGGAACGCUUGUUCGAAAGGACAUCAUCGCCCAAGGAGGGAGCGCUCUGUCAUCAUAUCUCAAACUACCUCUAACGUUCAAGGAUGCGCUGGACGCAUUCCGUAACGCUAUGAAGACGAUCAAGAUGCCAUUGUCCAAAGACGCCAUGGCGAGGAUACGUGUGCUCCUGAUGGAUUGCGACGAGGCACUCACUUGGCUCAACCGCCCAGAACUCCAAGCUAUCUAUGGCCCAUACCUCGCAACAUACAAGGCGUCUGUCAUCCAGACAGAGGACAUGAGAGUAAGGCGGGGUCUGAACCAGGUAGAGAGAGUCGAAGGCAGGCACAAGAGUGAAGAUGAGCGAGAGAGUCUAAGAAAGGCUUUAGAUAACAAGUUCAGACCCCCAGCUAGGCGGCACCAAAGCGUGUUUGAUUAA